CGCAGACAAAGGCGCGGGCGGCGCGGAGGGCGCGGGCCCCGGAGGCUGGGAGCGAGCGGGGCGCAGACCCGGCAGGGGGCCAAACCAGCCGCUCCGGCCACCCAGCCCGGUCUGACCAAUGUCCACAGCCAGGGAACAGCCCAUCUUCAGCACUCGGGCACACGUGUUCCAGAUCGACCCGGCCACCAAGCGGAACUGGAUUCCCGCGGGCAAACAUGCGCUCACCGUGUCCUACUUCUACGAUGCCACCCGAAAUGUCUACCGGAUCAUUAGCAUCGGAGGCGCCAAGGCCGUCAUCAACAGCACUGUCACCCCCAACAUGACCUUCACCAAAACCUCGCAGAAGUUUGGGCAGUGGGCGGACAGCCGCGCCAACACCGUCUACGGCCUCGGCUUUGCCUCGGAGCAGCAUCUAACCCAGUUUGCGGAGAAGUUCCAAGAAGUGAAGGAAGCGGCCAGGCUGGCUCGGGAGAAGUCUCAGGACGGAGGGGCCGAGCUCACGAGCCCGGCUCUGGGGCUGGUCUCCCACCAGGUGCCUCCCAGCCCGCUGGUCAGCGCCAAUGGCCCCGGCGAGGAGAAGCUGUUCCGCAGCCAGAGCGCCGAAGCCCCCGGCCCCACCGAGCGGGAGCGGCUCAAGAAGAUGCUGUCCGAGGGCUCGGUGGGCGAGGUGCAGUGGGAGGCCGAGUUCUUCGCGCUGCAGGACAGCAACAACAAGCUGGCCGGCGCCCUGCGAGAGGCCAACGCCGCCGCCGCCCAGUGGAGGCAGCAGCUGGAGGCCCAGCGCGCGGAGGCCGAGCGGCUGCGGCAGCGGGUGGCUGAGCUGGAGGCCCAGGCUGCUGCCGAGGCCACGGCCGUCAGCGAGAAGGAAGGGCAGGGCCAGUCGCUGGAGCAGCUGGAGGCCCUGGUGCAGACCAAGGACCAGGAGAUCCAAACGCUGAAGAGCCAGGCGGCCGGGCCGCAGGAGGCGGCGGACGCUGGGCAGCGCGAGGAGACCCAGCAGAAGGUGCAGGACCUGGAGACGCGCAACGCGGAACUGGAGCAGCAGCUGCGGGUGGCCGAGCGCAGCCUGGAGGAGGCGCGGGCCGAGCGGGAGCGGGCACGGGCCGAGGUGGGCCGGGCCGCGCAGCUGCUGGACGUGCGGCUGUUCGAGCUGAGCGAGCUGCGGGAGGGCCUGGCCCGCCUGGCCGAGGCCGCGCCCUGAGCUGGGGGACGCCCU